CAUGGACGACAUGUGCUCGCGGCAGAUGUGAAUCGAACGAAGCAGUGGAGUUGAAGCUGAUAGAAGAUUUUACAUUUUGUUUUUAUACCAAGAACAUCAUUUCACUUGAACAAAAGUACACAUAACCAAAAAUUUUGUUCAGAUGUUUGCUAACGAAAACAUAGAAAGCUGACAUUCUGAAAGAUCAGGUAGGGUGCAAGUUGAUGACACCAUGGUUGGCACAAUCACAGACACCAGUGUAACAAGUGGCUACAAUGUCAGCGACCACAAAGAUAACGAGGAGAAUAAAUCUGGCCCUGAUGACAUCUCAGUUCAUUUGAAUGUUCCAAAAAGUAGAAAAGGUUCAGUUGCAAGUUCUCAGAAGACACUACUGGAAAAGACUAAUGUGAAAAUAUCAGAAAAUUACACAUCAGUACCCUAUGGAUUUCAGCUUCGGGAUGCAUAUGAACAUGGAAAAGAAAAUACAGACAUUAUGGGAGUGAUCUAUAAUGGACGAAUGAGACAGUUUAUUAUACUUGAUGCAAGGGGAAUAUCAACUUGGAACCGAAGCAUUAUCAACAGUAAAGUGAGUCGUGAUAUGUCCUAUCCUAAGUAUGAGUAUGGUCUCAUCACAAAUAUCAUCUUUGCGAGGAAAUAUAACUGUUACUUUGCUCUUAGCAAAGAUUUUUCCUUAAAGGUGUUGAAUAAGGACUUUGAGGAGACAUUGUCUGUGAGUGCCGACCUCAGAUGUGUUUUGUUUAUGGUGUUUAACCCAAUCACUGACCAGCUGAUCACUGGGGGUGUGGGAGGAACCAAGAUAUGGAACUUUCAUCAAGUGGCUUCUAGCUUUGGGGAACUGAAACCCAUGGCUAAUUACAGGUUGACAUUGAAAGCUGAGUUGGCUGAUGUUGGAGGAAGCUGGGUGAAGCGAGUGGAGUUGGAUCAUCACCUGCAGCACCUGUAUUGCUGUUCUGACACCAACCUAUAUGCUUAUGACCUUCAGGGCAAGCUUCUGUUCAAGUUCAUCAAAGCUCACAGCAUGUCUAUCACAGCUUGUAAAUACUCCAUUGCAACACGGUUUCUGAUCACCUCCUCACUUGAUACAGAAGUAAAAGUGUGGAGUCAGAUGGGUGGUCUUAUCCACACAUUCCGAGGCCAUUCUCGUGCAGUAACAGACACGCUUAUCCACCCAGACUCCUCCUAUCUCUUCCUUACCUGCUCGCUGGAUGGAACUGUUCGCAUCUGGUCUCUUGAUACCAUGGAUGUUCUGUACAGCCAUGUGGUGUCAGGGGAUGGUGUUUUGUGGAUGGGCCUUACAGAUGACAAGCUGCUGUACCUAAGUACAGUUUCCUCCUUAACACUCUGGUCUCUCAACAAUGUGUACUCUUUCUGGGGCCUUGCACGUAACAAAGUCAGUCAGCUGUGUCUGGCUCGCGGGCCUGAGAAGACCACACGUGUCAUGGCAGUAGGAGAUGAUGGCAGUGUUCGAUUGUUUGCUCGCAGCAGUCAGAGGAAUCUUUCCACAGUGCUACCACCGCCUUCUCUUUCUCCACUGGAAACCAUUUUGAGUGUGACCUAUAACCGGGAGUACAAUAUCAUAUACAUGCUGAUAAACCCACAGGAAAUAUGGCUCUACACCACAAGGACUGACCCUGCCUGUCGGGUUACCAUUUGGUAUGUUAAUGAGAUCCAGAAUUACUGCAAAUCACAUUCUGAUGGCCAGGGCUUUAAUCAAGAAGGAAGUGCAUUUUCCCAGAGCUACAGAAGUAAAAGUGUGCAUAGGACCAGUAUUAGUGGGAGUGGGAAUGACCCUGUGGUGGACUGUAUGUGUGUUUGUACACUAGUCUCUCCUGCCAUGGUGUGGACAGAAGAGGGCAUGUGCAGCCCACUGCAGCACAGUUAUCUCCUCUUGGGACUGGAGGAUGGCCGCAUUUUAUUCAUGGAUCCAAUUGUGAAGAAUUUAAAAACAUAUGGAGUUCAAAGUUUCAAAAGACAAGGUUCUCCAGAUACAACAUGAUUACACCUACUCAUCAUUGUUGACCAUGUGCAGUCAAAAAGAAAUUGUGACAAUCCAGAUCUGGAACCUUCCCAUCUACAACUACAGCAUGAAGUCUAUGUUACUCCUGACAUAUGCAAGAUUGUAAUGUGUGUAAGUCAAGCCUUUCUGGCUGUCAGAGCUGUAUUUUGUGGGCUGUGAUAUUCAUUUGCUUUUAGGGAUGAUUGAAUUAUGUUUGAAGUGUCAAAAUCUUAUUCGUACUAAAUAAAUGUUGAUUUACUGAAGUAAGGUGUAGAAUAAAUUGUUAACCUGUUGCUUUAAUAAUUAGCUUGUGUUGACUGCAACGAACCCUGUAAUAAAUCCAUUUCAUGAUUACGCACAUUUCAUUGGAGCUAAGAUAUAUGAUAAAUUCCCUCCCACC